GAGCAUUGAAUCCAAUUGAUUCUCGUCGCUGUUUGACUGCCUUUCUAGACCCAAGUGACUGGCCACCUAUAAAAGCAGGCCACAUCCCAGCAGUCAUCAGUUCAUUCCGAGGACCAUGAAAUUCCUGACGGUAUUCGCAUUCGCCUGUGUGGCAACGUUUGUGGUGCUCCACAGCGCCUACGGCUCUCCACUGCCGGAGCCCGUUCCCGAAUCCGAUCCCAGACCAAGGCCCGAUGUGUCCAAUGCAACGCCACCGACCGAACCAAGGCAGAAUCCCAAGGCAGAGGCGAUUCCCAAUCCCUCGCCUGCAGCUUCUCCGCUGGAAUCAAAGGGAGCAAAGGCCGCCGGAGGUGAUGCCAACUUCGUGGCCUUGUCAGCCAAUGCGGAGCCCAUGAUUCCGGCCCCAGAACCUGCAGUCCAGAAAAUUGACGAGGCUCAGGCCUAGUCGGAGUGUCCCAAUAUUGAAUAGCACAGCAGCAGCUAAUUUAUCUGGAGCCUGCACAAGCCACACACAAGGAAGACACACACAUAUAAUAAUCUCCGGUAUUUAAUGUAUGCACUUAUGUAUUCCAACAUCCAGCAUGGGCAUUAAUAAAAUUGCAAAAAAAAAAUCA